AUGGCCGAGCGAUUGCACUUCGCAAGGGCGAUAGUGCGAUCGCGAUUGCGGAGCGAUUACACUAUCGCCGAGUAUGACGGGCAUCUUAGCGAGGAGGAGUAUAGUCCAGUCCAUGUGCUCCCAACCCUUUUCGCUGAGUCGCUGAAAACGAUUGCAUCAUCUACAAUUCACUUUGAUUUGGACUCUGUUUACUCCGAACGAUUGGCGUCACUGGAAGAAGGCACAAGACGCCAGUUUUUCCUCUUCAGAAACCCUCCACAUCAGAUCAAGCGUACCAACAACAACAACCAGCAAUUCAAAGAAGCAGAGAGUUUUCAAGAGCUCCGACCAGUAGAUCGUGCCGUUUCUGAAUACUUUAUGGACCAAAUCAAACUGGAGAAGCCCACAAAAAGCGAAAUUGCACAUGCACUGACGCAACAAGAUCAGAAAUCUACUAGUUCAGAGGAUGCGCUACGAUCCGCCCAAGCAUGUCCAUCCGAGUAUCAGAUGACAGCGUUGAAUAAUGAACUGGACGUAUUAAACUUGAAUUCUCCGUACCAGUAG